GCAGGUUUUAUUUGUACAGUGAGCGAGAGGGCAAGCGCAUCCUCUGAUGCGUUUGUGAUUCACCAAUGAAACGAGUCAUAAAUUACUGAAUUUAUUUGUUUUAUUUCUUUUAGACGAGUAACGGCUGCUUGUUUGGAUAUUUAAAUGUGUUCCGCAUUAUUGUUUCGAGGUCUGUUACGUUAAAAACUGCUGCAACUUCACAUGGGUACUACAUAUUUUGCUUGUCGUGUCUUUCUUGCGCAAUACGUCGUCGAUAAGAUGCCCCGUGGAUACAUUUCGUAGUUUUAAAUUGUCCUCCGGGUGUGGAAAUCACUACAACAGCUGUAACUUCAGUUUAAAAGAAUGGUCUGAAGGGUGGCACGGUGGUGCAGCGGUUAGCACUGUCGCCUCACAGCAAGAAGGUCGUGGGUUCAAACCCUGGUUGCCCCGGCCUUUCUGUGUGGAGUUUGCAUGUUCUCCCCGUGUCUGCGUGGGUUCUCUCCGGGUACUCCAGCUUCCUCCCACCAUCCAAAAGACAUGCAGGCUAGGUUAAUUGGUGUCUCCAAAAAAAUUGCCGUGGAUGUGGAGGGUGGAACAUUGUGUCAAAUCUUUGGAAGAAGAUGCAAAUGGAGACCUACAACUGCUGAGCUACUCCCUCUUUUCCUCUCUUCCUUACCUUUUCCCCUCUUACUGAGAGGAGAUGAGUUCAGAGGAGAAAAUUUCCACCAUGUCCCAGAAGAUCUCCUCUCCAUCUCACAGCAAUAGUAGUUCUUCCUCCAAACAUGACAGCAGACAGGACAGCUGGGAGAUCAUCGAGGGCUUGCGUGGUCGUCUGUCUAAUGUACAGGAACCAGAGAUGCAGGCGGGCUACAUGCUGAAGAAGAGGAAAUGGCCCAUGAAAGGCUGGCACAAGAGAUUCUUCUACUUGGAUAAAGGCAUUUUGAAGUACGGCAAAUGCCCAGCUGAUAUCGAGAAAGGCAAGCUGCACGGCUGCAUUGACGUGGGUCUCUCCGUCAUGGCCAUUAAGAAGAAAGCCAAGUGUAUUGAUCUGGAUGCGGAAGAUAACAUUUAUCACCUGAAGAUCAAGUCCCAGGAGCUUUUUGAUGAAUGGGUCUCUAAGCUACGUCACCACAGACUUUACAGGCAGAAUGAGAUCGCCAUGUUCCCUCACGAGAAAAUGCUCUUCCACCCUCAUUACCCCCUCACUUUUUCCCCCACCAUACCUGACAGUCAGUCCAUGAGAAAGCGUGCCUCUCUCACAAAGCAGUCCUCUCUCCACUCGCCUGUAUCUUUUACCAGUCAGGCCAAGGUGACCGCAUGGCUCCAGUCUUCUGAUGACAUGGACUGGUGCACCAAAGAGCUUUCCGUAUGUGAGGCACAGAUGCUGGAACUGAAUCACUUGUUAAGAAGUAUGGAGGUGUUGCACCGCACCUAUUCUGCCCCAGCCAUCAGUGCUCUGCAGGCUUCAAAGUACGAUAGCCCAAAAAAAGAGAAAAGACAUCCAAGAAAGUGGCGGCAAAAGAAUUAUGGGAAAGACAACAAAACAACCCUGCAGGUUCCGAGCUGUAUCUCUGCAGGGUCUGUCCGUCUCCACGCGUCCAAUCCCAAUCUCUCUUCAGUUGAGCUGACCAAUGAGAAGAGUUACCAUGAGCCCCUAGACUCACCAAUAGAUGUAUCCAAACUGCAGGAAGACUUCUGCCGUGGUGCAAACAACCUUCAUGCAACUAUGAAGUCAGCCCUGAGCAUGCUGACAACAGAGAAAGAGAGACUCAAACAGAUGCUGGAGCUCGAGUCUUGUCCUGCCCCCUCGUCCCAGCUCCUGGGAUUGAAGAGUGCCCUGGCGGCUGCUGUAAAGCAGAACGCUGAGCUGAGGGAGCGUCUAUGCAAGAUUCACGCUGAGUCACACAUUCCUGAGCCCUCUGUCCAUAUAAACCUUACCCCUGGCCCCCUAGAGAAGCAAGACUCCAGUGAUGGUUCCAACCCCCUUAUCCACCAGGCGUCCAAUGAGAGCAGAGCUUCCAUUACAGAGUCCCUGUCAGAGUUCUUUGAUGCACAGGAAGUGCUGCUGUCAGCUAGUUCUUCUGAAAAUGAGCCUUCGGAAGAUGACUCAUAUAUCAGUGACAUCAGUGACAACGUGUCCAUGGACAACUUCAGCAACAAGGCAGAGAAUGACAGACUUAAUACUGGUUGUAUAGAGAAUGGCUGUGCACAGCGACGGUCGUGUCUUCCCUCUCCUAGUCCCAACACCAGCAACAUCAGCCUGUGGCACAUCCUUAAGAACAACAUUGGGAAGGACCUUUCGAAAGUGGCCAUGCCUGUUCAACUCAACGAACCCCUCAACACACUGCAGAGACUAUGUGAAGAAUUGGAAUAUAGCGAACUACUCGACAGGGCCGCACACACACAGGACCCGUUUGAGCGCAUGGUAUACAUUGCCACAUUUGCUGUGUCUGGCUAUGCUGCCAGUUACUAUAGAGCAGGAGGAAAACCCUUUAAUCCAGUGUUGGGUGAGACCUACGAGUGCGACCGUCCAGACAAAGGCUUUCGUUUUGUGGCCGAGCAGGUCAGUCAUCAUCCCCCUAUAUCAGCGUGUCAUGCUGAGUCUAAAAACUUCAUCUUUUGGCAAGAUGUCAGGUGGAGGAAUAAGUUCUGGGGGAAGUCCAUGGAGAUUGUACCUGUAGGAACUACACAUGUGGUUCUUCCUGGUUAUGGGGAUCACUAUGAAUGGAAUAAAGUGACAUCAUGUAUCCACAACAUUCUGAGUGGUCAGCGCUGGAUUGAGCACUAUGGUGAAAUCUCCAUCAAAAACUCCAACAGUGAGAAAUGCCGGUGUAAAGUCACAUUCAUCAAGGCGAAGUACUGGAACUCGAGCAUGAACGAAGUGGAGGGUGCAGUCACCGACCACAAAGGCAAGGUCAUCCACAAGCUGUUUGGCAAAUGGCACGAGGGUAUAUACUGCGGCACCCCACCCUCUGCUUCUUGCAUCUGGAGGAUGAAUCCAAUGUCUCCAGACUAUGAGCAGUACUACGGUUUCACCAAGUUUGCUAUGGAGCUAAAUGAGCUUGACCUCGUUACCAAACAAUUUCUUCCACCCACAGACACAAGGCUACGACUUGACCAGAGGUUAUUGGAGGAAGGGAACGUUGAAGCUGCAGAAGUGCAAAAACAGAGGAUUGAGCAGCUUCAACGGGAGAGACGAAGAGUCCUGGAGGAGAAUCAAAGGACACAUCAACCUCGAUUCUUCCAAAAGUCCAAAGAUGACAUUUGGAUGAGCAACAACUCUUACUGGGAGUUGAGGAAAGAUCCUGGAUUCAGCAGUCUUGACUGUCCGGUUCUCUGGUAACUCCGAGGCAGCCAAUAUUUAUCUGUGCUGACUGCUGCCUGCUCUUUUUUGUUCACUGCUGCCUGCUCUUUUUUUGUUCUGGCCAACAUAACAACAUCAAGAGAAAACACCUCUUUGAGUGAUGUCAAGACUGAGAGAGCUGAUGAAGAAAAACUGGCUGUUAAAUUUAAGAGUGACAGAGGGAACCACACCAGAGCUUUGACUGAGAAUGCUAUCAUUUCAUAUAACAUCUUAAAGGAAUAUAACUUUCACCUUCAUAUCAAUACAAACCCAUUGCUUUCUUUUUUAGAACUCAAAAGAACAUGUUAGGCAGAAAUGUGAUGGACUGACACCCUCAGUCACAGUUCACUUUCACUGUAUGGCAGAAAGACACAAUGAAAGUGAAUGGUGACUGAGGCUUAAUGUGUUCUUCUGAAAGACAGUUGUAUGGGUUUCAAACAACAUGAAGGGAAAGUAAAUGAUGACAGCAUUUUCACUUUUGGUUGAACGGAUCCUUUAAUAUUCUUUAUUUAAUGUCUCAGUAGUUCAGUUACCUUAAUAUGGUUACAUUAUCUAUUUUAGUUUCUUUGAUGCAAAUUGAUCCCUUGAAAGUAGGAGAAAUAUGCAAUCUUGUCCCAGUUCAUAUUCUUGUUUUGUUGCUGUACACAAUACAGUCAGAGCACAAGAAACAACACAAAAACUGGUGGGUUAGGAUCUCUUGUGGCUAAAUGUGGUACUGCAAAUAACUGAAGAGAACUUUGAAACUCAGCCUAAAACAUAAUGUAGUAUGUUGUUGUCAGAACAGAACUGCGUUGUCUACCUCUUAAAAGGAAACUGUCAACUGUACAUUAGAGUAUGAAUUCCACAUCUGUCUAAUGCCUUAUUUACUAUUAUAUACUUAAGACUGAGUCUUUACUAGAACUUCUCAUCAAUUUAAAUGUAUCAUUACAAAGUAUUGUAAUUUUACAAAAGCCAUUUAUUCUGAGAUUAUUGAAUGAACAAGAGGUGACGUUUAAGGGUCUCUUAGAAAUAUUUAUAUUCAUCUUAACCUCUUCAUUAGACUGACAGUACUUGGCAUUACCACCACACAUGUGAGCCUGGCAGUGUUUUAAAACUUCCACACAGUUCGACCUGUAACCUGUGCUCAUUUCACUCUGAACUACGCACUAGACGAGAGCUACUUGGGUGUUGACCACUGCAGCUUUUCCUCUUUCCUUUAAUAAAGACUCAUUUCAA